GAUGCGAGCAUGCGCUACACUAAGAUGCUGAAAGGAAGAGGAGGAGCUGAUGGGAACGCGCGGAGCUUGUUUUGAGAAGUGCGCGCUCCCGUAUACAGUGCCGUUAUCCUGCACGGCACAGAAAAUACAUAGAAGUGAAUGUAAUAUAUAUUGCAUGAAGACGGAAAAAAGUAGGCUUUUGAAAAUUUGAAGUCACAGUACGCAUAUUCCCCAGUUACAAAGAAGUUGCAAUACAGGAAGUCAUAUUCUCUGAGGUAUGGCCUCAUCCUGAACUGAAAAAGCGAUCCUAAACAGCCAAACUCCAGCCACUAUUUGCCCUAAUUUUGGAAAGCCAAUCCAGACUUGUUACUCAAGUAGACAAGGUCAUGUCUGAGGUAGAGAUCCCUAUCUCAUAUGUCCCAUUUCAGGAGAUGCGCUGCGUUCUUCACUGGUUCUCUGGAUGGACAGAGCUGCAGCGUGAACGCUUCCUUCAAGAUCUUGUUUGCAAGACUGUUCCUGGGAAACUAUGUCUGCUUCUUGAUGGACUAGACUCUCUGCAACUCUCUGCUCCUCCUCCAAAUCUAUUCCAAUGUCAGCUGCGACUGUGGGAUCAGUGGUUUCAAAGCUGGGAUGAGGACGAGAGAAAUGAAUUCCUACGUCGAUUGGAAGAACAGGACCCGAGCUUUGUUGCUAGAUUUUAUCGGGAAGUGGCUGGGACUGCAGGCAAAGACUGAUAAAUAAGGGCAAUGGGAUGAUAUUCUGAUAGCUUUAUACAUGAUCGUAUAAUCCAAUCUGUUUUGCUACAUGUAUUUAAUAAAUGUAUAACAAAUAAAUAAGUACAUUUUCUUAAAUAA